AUGGCUGGUCUAAACGUGUCCCUCUCCUUCUUCUUGGCCGUCAUCGCUCUCUGCCAGGCGGCCAGGAGGGCGUCUAAGUCCCUGCUCCCGGCGGGCGCCUACGACAACUUCGCCCGAGAGGCAGCGGGCGCGGCCCAGCUGGGGGCCUGCUGCCUGGAGCUGAGGAUGCUGGUGGAGCUGGGCCCCUGGGCCGGGGGCUUCGGCCCCGACCUGCUGCUGACACUGCUGUUCCUGCUGUUCCUGGCGCACGGGGCCACCUUCGACGGUGCCUCUGCCAACCCCGCCGUGUCGCUGCAGGAGCUCCUGCUGGCCGAGGCCUCUGUGCCCAGCACGCUGCUGAAGCUGGCGGCCCAGGGGCUGGGCGUGCAGGCGGCCUGCACCCUGACGCGGCUCUACUGGGCCUGGGAGCUCAGCGACCUGCACGUCCUACAGAACCUCAUGGCCGCGCACUGCAGCUCGGCCCUGCGCACCAGCGUCCCCCACGGCGCCCUGGUGGAAGGCGCCUGCGCUUUCUUCUUCCAUCUGACGCUCCUCCGUCUCCACAACAGUCUUCCCGUCUACAGGGUGCCGGCCGUGGCCCUGCUGGUCACCGUCACGGCCUACACAGCUCACAGCGGCACAGCUGUGGUGGCUGAAAACCCUUUCCAUGCUGACGAGAGCAACGUGUGGACCGUGGAGACCUCCACCUGGUGGGAGCAGGAAGAAGGGAAGGUCUGGGGUGUGAGUUGCAAUGGCCUGAGGGCCCUGAGCUCUGACGCCUGGUCUCCUGCAGGGAUGGUGCUGGCUGUCUUGCUGUAUCAUGGCCAUCUCCCCCGCCUUUUCCAGAGGAAUCUGCUCUACAGCCAGAAGAACAAGUAUCGAACCCCCAGAGGGAAGCCAGUCCCAGGACCUGGAGACACCCAGAUGUCCGCAGAGAGACACACAGUCCAGGAGCCUGGGCAGAGUGGGGUGGGACGGCCGCUGCUGGGCCCUAGUGGACACGCUCCGAGUGAGCGUCCUGUGAGGGCCAGGUCCCUGGCUGGAUCCCAGGACCGCUGA